CUGACGGAAAAUACUUUAAACAGCCAAGAAGUCACAGCAGCCUGCAUCAGCUCAAAGAUGCUGCUCACUGGACCCAGGCAUGUCCACGUACUUGCAGUUCUCAUAGCAUUCUGUGGUCUUACUCAGGCCUUCCCCACCCAAACUCCAUCUACAUUCGACGAUGUGCGGCAGCUCCAGGUGACCAUCCCUCACUCAGGUCCAAUUUCCGCCCCGCUGGGCAGUUCCAUCUCCAUCCCUUGCCUGGUGUCUCUGUCCUCCACACCCACCACAUCCUCCUCUUCCUCGGCCCCUGUCACACCGCGUGUAAAGUGGACGGUUGUGUCCGACGGGGUGGAGACACAGAUUCUGGUGGCGCGGGGUCAGAGGAUAAAAGUGAAUGAGGCGUACAGAGAUCGCGCUGCCUGGCUAAACUACACAACCUCCCCUGAUGAUCUGUCUCUGUGGUUGGGAGAUUUACGCUCCAGUGACUCGGGUCACUAUCGCUGCGAGGUGCAGCAGGGCCUGGAGGACGCCAGCGACCUCGUACAACUCAAAGUCAAAGGUGUCGUGUUCCACUAUAGAGAUGCUCUGGGCCGCUACGCUUUCUCUUUCACUCAGGCCCAAAGCGCUUGUGAAGCCAUCGGGGCUCAAAUCGCCACUCCUGACCAGCUGCUGGCAGCUUAUUACGAUGGCUAUGAGCAGUGUGAUGCAGGCUGGCUGGCUGAUCAGUCUGUCAGGUACCCGAUCCAAGUCCCGCGGGAAGGUUGCUAUGGAGACAUGGAUGGCCAGCCAGGAGUGAGAAACUAUGGGACGAUGGACCCAGACGAUCUUUAUGAUGUUUACUGUUACGUGGAAGAUAUUGACGGGGAGGUUUUUCAUGACGCCAUCCCACAACAGUUGUCCUUCGCUGAAGCUCAGUCAUACUGCAGAGCAGCAGGAGCACAGCUGGCUACAACAGCACAGCUGUACUCUGCAUGGAGUGAAGGUCUGGAUCGCUGCAGUCCUGGCUGGCUAUCAGAUGGCAGUGUGCGCUACCCCAUCUUGACCCCUAGAGAGCGAUGUGGAGGACCCUUAGCAGGCGUCAAAACCUUGUACCGCUUCAGCAACCAAACCGGUUUCCCAGAGCCUUCCAGCCUUCAUGAUGUUUACUGCUUCAGAGAAAGCAGAAAUGCUCAGACUGAUCCCCCAGGGAGCUACGAGGCCAAAGAGUCAGAGGACAUUGGAGAAAAUGUUGUUAUUCUAAUGGAAACAGCUCAAGAGCUCAAAUUGAACUCUCAUCCUGAACAGGUGGAACUCAAAGCAGAGAGGGUGCUGGAAUCUUCUCCCUUUUUCUCCACCUCGUUCACAGAGGAAAACAUUAUCGAUACACACCUGACAGAAAUAUCAGACACGACAGAGUCUCCCUUAAACACAACGCCUACAACAGACCUCCUUCAGAGAUUUAAUGAAACUUUGUCUCCUACAGAAAUGAGCUAUGACUCCCAGCAUCCUACAGCACCAAUGAACAUUACUAUCAACAUAACAGAAACCUAUGAUUCUGCACAAAACACAUCAUUACCACCCAGUGUUCACAACCAAACUUACUCUCACAACAACUUGACCUUUACCUUCAACCAGUCUGAGUCAGAGAACAUCACAGGGUUUCCUGAAUUAUCAUACAAACAAAACCAGACAGUCUCAGACACAACUACUGAAGAGAGCACAGAGCCAUCUGAGAGACAACUAGAUUCCCAAGAAACAAAUGAGACCUAUUCAAGUAUUGACAUAUUACCCACCAAUUACAAUGACACAGACAGCAAUCACACUGAAGAUGAGAGUCCCUGGGAGGUGACUCUCAUGACCCUCGAGCCCAUGGUUCAGGUUGAGCUGGAGGAGGCAGCAGUGAAAGAUCCUGAUCAUUUGUCUGUCUCAACUCAGGCCUUAAGAGGAGAGGAAGAACUUGCAACACAACCGGCCUCAACAACACAAUCAUCCAUGCUAGACCUGACCUCACUGUGGGUGAAUCUGGAUGGGUCUGGGGAUAUUUCUGAAGAGAAAGACAUUGAUGUCGAAGCCAUCAGCUUAAGUCCCACAUCAGAGUUGUCUACUUCUAGCUCCACAACUAAUUUGACAACUUCUGUAUCCGCUAGAGGCGCUCCUUCAGAGCCUCAGACAACACUUGUGGACCCAACGGUCUCACCUUGGUCACAUCAUCCAGCGCAAACAGGCUUGGAUGUCCUCUCCACCGUGUCACAGUUCUGGGAGUUCUCAACUUCUAGGCAGGAGGGAAGCACAAGCUUAGAAAUUGAAGACACAGCCACUAUGGAGAGUGUAGAAAAAAUGGUGCAUCCAACAAAGUCUGAAGAUGGCAUCCUUUCUGGAGUAAAUCUAACUACAACUGAGACCUCAGAGAUCUCCAACUCCUCUCAGUUGCCUACUGAGCAUACCACAGUGUGGUAUCAAACAUCAGCUAACAGGGUUCAUUUGGAUAUGACUGACACCUAUGAAGAGGCAAGUGGAAAUGAACCUGGAACAAUUACUUCAAUCCUUGUUGAAGACAUAAAAAUUGCCCCAGCAAAAGAAGAGGGUGUUACAGUGAGUCCAACUUUUGAAGAAGAGCAAGCCAAGGUUUCUCCAACUCUUGAAGGGAAAGCCUUUGUUCCUCUGGAUAAAGAAGGUAAUGUUACCCCAGCUGCUGAGCAAGCUGAUAUCACCACAACACUUGAAAAUGAAACUAGCAUUGCUUCAACCUUUGCCCCAGUCCUUAAAGAGAACGAUAAACUCUCUCCAACAUUUUCCCCAGAAGAACAAGAAGCUAGCAGUGCCCCAACGCUUGAAGAAAAAGACAGCAUUGCCACAAACAUUGAAGAAGAAGGUAAUGUUCCCCCAGCUCUUGAAGAGGAAGCCAAUGUUACCCAAAGUCCUGAGGAUACUUACUUCACCAGAACAACUGAAGGAGAAACUCACAUCACCCAAACUCCUGAAGAUGAAAAUACCUUUGCCUCAACAGAUGAAGGAACAGACAUUACACCAACCCUUGCUUUCGGAGAAGAAGCUAACAUUGGCAUAAACUUUGAAGAGGAAGCUUCUGUUGUCCCAACACCUCAAGAAGAAGCUAGCAUUGCCCCAACCUUUGAAGAAGACUUUACUGUUUUUCCUUUUGAUUCACAAACAUUGAACUGGGCUUUGCUGACAACCACAACUGGACCCCAAGAGUCCAUGAAAGAUCUAGAGUACAGCAGUAAAACCUUCACAACAUCUCCAGAUUCUUCCACAACUACAAAACCUACUCCUGCUUCCAUGAAGACAUCAACCACCGCCAUUAAGACCACCACACACUGGUCCAGACGUUCCUGGAGCUCAACCACCUCAAGGCCGAGUCUUUUCCACAAGACGUCGGAGCCCCCGAUGGAGACAACCUUCAUGCCACCGGUGGAUCAAGGUCUGGUGGAUGUUGAGUUUAGUCUCACCCAGCCGCCCACCCUGCUUAUAUUGCCCAAUGAGAGGGCAGCUGUAGGCGGCACAGGGAAAGUUUCAGAUGUUUGUGUGGGAGACCCCUGCCGUAAUGGAGGAACCUGCACUGAGACUGGUGGGCAGAUUAAAUGUCUCUGUUUGCCAACAUAUGAAGGAGAUUUCUGUCAGACUGAUAUGGAGCAGUGUGAGCCAGGUUGGGAUAAGUUCCAUGGUUUCUGUUACCGACACUUCAGCCAGCGCCUGAGCUGGGAGGUGGCGGAGCAGCACUGUCGUAUGCAAGGAGCUCACCUGGUGUCCAUCAUGACCCCUGAGGAACAGAGUUACAUUAACAGCAACUAUAAAGAAUACCAGUGGACUGGUUUGAAUGACAAAACCAUUGAGGAUGAUUUCCGCUGGUCUGAUGGGAACCCACUGCUGUAUGAGAACUGGUACAGAGGUCAGCCAGACAGUUAUUUCCUAUCAGGCGAAGACUGUGUGGUGAUGGUGUGGCAUGAUGAUGGACGCUGGAGUGACGUACCGUGCAACUAUCACCUAGCAUACACCUGCAAGAAAGGCACCUCGUCCUGUGGACCACCACCAAAGGUUCGAAAUGCCUCCAUAUUUGGAAAAGUUCGACAGAGAUAUGAAACCAGCGCAGUCGUGAGAUAUCACUGCGCUGAGGGCUUCCAGCAAAGAUUUAAUCCUGUGAUAAGGUGUCUGUCUGAAGGCAGGUGGGAGCGGCCCCAAAUCCUCUGCAUCCCUGUGGCCAGAGAUCAAACCCAGCACCCUGAGGCGACGUUUGAGCCCAGCAGUGACUUUGCUGCUGCUGAAGACCAGCAUGAAGCAGUUAAAGAGGCACCGCAGUACUGGGACAUCAGGUUCUAA